AUGCCUUCCAUAUCAAUUGAAAAGAAAUCAUUCCAAAUUCCAUGCCAUGUUUCUCUUGCCAAUCCAGAAUUUCAUAUGCCAGCCGAAAUAGAUAUUUUAAUAGGAGCUGAAUUUUAUUAUGAACUUUUAGGUUCCGGUCAAAUUAAAGUGCCAGGACAAACGGCUAUUUUGCAAGAAACUAUGUUAGGUUGGAUUGUCGCAGGUCGCUACACAAAUCCAAAUGUUAGUAACUCCAAUCCUAUUCAAACUUCAUGUAAUUUAAUUAAAUUCCAAGAUUUACCAAUUUUGUGGGAAUUAGAACCAGACGAUUCUUCAAAAAUACGUUCGAAAGAAGAAGAAAUGUGUGAAGCACAUUAUUCUCAGAACGUUUCGCGAGAUGAAAAGGGGUAUACAGUAAAACUUCCUUUUAAUGGAAAAGAAAAUGAUCUGGGAAAUUCUCGUAAUUCAGCCCUAUAUAGAUUCCAAGCAUUAGAGAAAAAGUUUGCGAAAAAGCCAGAAUUUAAAAAACAAUACGUUGAAUGUAUUGAAAGUUAUUUCGAUGAAGGACAUAUCGAAGAAAUUAUUGGCGAUGAAAAUAGUGAGGGGGGAUAUUAUUUACCACAUCACGCGGUAUUCAAAGAAAAUAGCCUUUCUUCUAGCACAAGAGUAGUUUUUGAUGGUUCAACAGAAACGUCAACCGGACUCUCUUUAAAUGACACACUAUUUGUUGGACCCGUUAUACAGGAUAAUCUUGUAUCUAUUUUAACUAGAUUUCGUUCAUUUAAAUAUGUGCUUACAGCAGAUAUUCAGCAGAUGUAUAGACAAAUUCGAGUAAGUCCCGAAGAUUCCCUGUUUCAAAAAAUUCUGUUGCGUUCGGAUCCAUCCGAACCCAUAAAAAUAUUUGCAUUAAAUAGAGUAACAUUUGGUACAGCCUGUGCUCCAUUUUUAGCAAUUCGUACAUUAGCUCAACUCGCUUCAGAUGAAAGUGAAUCAUAUCCUGAAGCGGCAAGGGUAUUAAAAAAUGAUUUUUAUGUCGACGAUAUGUUGUCAGGAUCUCAAACAUUUGAAGAUGCUAUGAAACUUAGAGAUGAAUUAAUACAACUUCUUUCCAAGGAUGGGUUUAAUUUACGCAAAUGGGCGUCAAAUGAUCCGAAUUUGAUCAAAGAUCUGUCCUCUGAAUCUUCUGAUUCCCUACAAACGUUAGAUCAUUCAGAAAUAGUAAAAACGUUAGGAUUACAUUAG